AGCUCACUUGACGCGCAGACCUGUUGCUCGACUCUAAGGCAAAGGGUCGAGACAUCCUCGAGAGUGAUUUCCGCGGAGCCACGCGGAUAGACACCGUAAUCCACGGCGGGCAAGAACUAAGGGAAAACCUGAAAUUUCGGUGGAGAAUAUUAAUUAGUGGAUGAAAUAUUAAUUGAUGGAUGUACAAUUUAUUUACAAAUUCGCACUGAAUUUAUAUUGAGAUUAAAGUACAUUUCACCCUACAAAUGAGGAUGGGACAAUUGGAAAUCUGCAUUUUCUCUGCUUUUCUGAUAUUAUUACACAGCCCAAACACUGUCCCAGUCACAGUGAGCAGCAACAAGCCCAGAGUGGAGGUCCCUGAGGAUGCAGACGCUGAGCUGUCUUGUUUAUUUAAGACAGAGAAAGAAACCAAUCCCCGUAUUGAAUGGAAGAAGAAGGGCAAGGAUGUGUCCUUCGUCUACUAUAAUGGAGAAUUUACAGGGGACUUCACUGGCCGUGCAAAGAUCGAAGGGGCCACAGUGACCCUGUACAAGGUGACCCAGAAAGACACGGGCGAAUAUCGCUGUGAGGUCAGUGCCCCGGAGGACCGAGUCAAGCUGGGCGAGACCAACGUCACCCUCAAAGUGCUAGUACCCCCCCACACACCGCUGUGUGAGAUCCCCAGUUCGGCAGUGACGGGCAGUACUGUGGAGCUGCGCUGUAAGGACAAACAGAGUGUCCCUCCCGCCAUCUACACUUGGUACAAGGACAACACAAAGCUGAGUGUCACCCGCUGGCCCAACAUCACCUACACGCUGGACACCCACACUGGCACGCUGCUAUUUAACACCAUCUCUCGGGCUGACGCGGGACAGUACCGCUGUGUAGCCUCCAACGGAGUGGGAGCGCCCAAGAGCUGUGAGGGGAAACACAUGAAGAUCGAUGAUGUGAACAUAUCAGCCAUAAUUGCUGUGGUUGUGGUGGUCUUCAUAAUCCUCGUGUGUAGCCUGGGGGUCUACUAUGCCUAUCGGCAGGGCUACUUCAAAAAGGGCCACAAUGGAAGGUCCUUCUGGAUACCACAGUGUCAUGGCAUCGCCCACAUCAGCAGCCAGAACCUACACAGAGCAGAUGACAUCAAUAACACCAACUAUGACCCUCCACAAUAUGCUGAGGAUUUCAGCCACACCAAGUCCUUCAUGCUGUGAGGAUUCAGUGCGCUGUCCCUAUCAACAUCCAAAUGGCAGUCGCUGGACUGGGCGCAACCAUCGAUCCACUAAGGGUGUGAUUCACAUGCUGGUUGGGGACACAGCCCUGUCUCCUGAGGAGACAGGGAGGAUAGCACAAUGACCCUUCACCCCCUGCUCUGCUACACGGAAAUAUUUAUCCUGUCCACCUACUCCCUCUACUGGCCAAUCCAUGAACUGUCCUCUGUCUCUGCAUUGAUUGAUUGCCAGUUGAACCUUGAGAGAAAAAAAAAACCUGCUGUACUACUUUUUUUCCUUUUUUACUUGGGCUGUAUAUAUCGUCUACAAGGGAGACCACUGACGGUUGGGUAGAAACUCCUGCACCCGCCUCAGAGGUGGAAAAUCUUGGUUCAGAAAUUAAAAGUCCUUCUAGGGUAUUUUGUUCCAUCACCUGGAUUCACUAAUUAGCAGUACUUCAGCCAGGAGGCAGAACUAAUUAGUGAAAUCAGCUGGCUGAGCUCCUGGGUGGAAUAAACACACGGCAGGACUUACUUUCUGACCCUGGGACUUUUCACCUCUGACCCUCUCAGCCAUUGUUGCAGUGUCUGUCUUUUAAGUAUUGAAGAUGAAAUAUUUUAUCCUUUUAGCGAAUGUUUUUAUGUGAAGUUCUUGCUUUUACAACAGUUUUUUCAGAGUGUAAGAAUGAACUGGAAUGGAAUUGCAGUUUUUUUGCACUGAAGCUUUAUGAUGAAUCCAUAUUAAACAUUUCUCUUUUCAUAAGUUCAUUUUUAAUGUAAAAUGAUGCCCAUUAAAAGGGCAACUUGUCAAACAAGCAAUUUUCAGCAUCUGUGUAAAUACUUUCCAGCAUUACCUAUAGCUGGUUUUCCCUGUAAAGUUGUAACCAAAACUGUGGUGUGAAAAACUUUA